AUGCAGGCAUCUGGGUUGCACCCUUGACCAUGCCCAGGGUGCAGUCAUGCCAGGCGUGGUACAUGGCCGUUGUGAGAUGGUCCGUGCCCCACAGAGCUUGCAGCUUUUUGAACAGGGCACGGGGAGUGUCUGUCAGGGCUGUGAUGGGGUACUGAGGUUUUACAAGGCAGCAGCACAGACCGGGUUCAUGAAGGGCCUUGUUACCUCUCCAGGCGUGUCCAGAGCAGCCCAGGACGAGCAGCUGCGGGGAAGGAUUGCAGGUCUGGAAGAAUGGGGCUGCCAGCUGGCUCAGGAGAGCCUGAGGUGCAGGACGAGAGCUGCUGUGGAGAAAGCAGCUGCAGCGACAGGCAAGGAGGGAAGAAGGAGCUUAAUUCUGUUGCUUCCGAGCUGGCUGCGCGGCGGGAAGAGAGUGAACGUUCUCAUAAACAUUUAAUUGAACUCAGCCGGGAAUUUAAGAAAAAUGUACCUGAGGAAAUCAGAGAGAUGGUGGCUCCUGUCUUAAAAAGCUUCCAAGCCGAGGUGGUUGCACUCAGUAAAAGAAGCAAGGAGGCUGAGACGGCUUUCCUGAGCGUUUACAAGCAAUUAAUUGCAGCACCAGAUCCCGUUCCUGUCCUGGAGGCGGCGCGGAGCCUAGAAGACAGGCUGCGGCAGCUUCAGUGCCUCGACCCCGAGACCCCACCCCUGAAGGAGCUCAACCGGCAGUGGAAGAAGCCCCCUGAACUUCUUGGCACCAAAGAGCAGAGAGAGGGAACGUCUCCAGCUGGGCUCACGGUGUCGGAGGGAACCAGGCUCGCGAGCAUCAACAGCAAAGCACUUUUCACAGAAACCUUGUUGCAGAGAAAUGAGGCAGAAAAACAAAAGGGACUCCAGGAAGCACAGAUCACUUUGGCUGCUCGGCUGGGGGAAGCAGAAGAAAAGAUCAAAGUGCUUCAUUCAGCGCUAAAGGCCACCCAGACGGAGCUGCUGGAGCUGCGGUGUAAAUAUGACGAAGAGGCAGCAUCAAAGGCGGACGAAGUAGCCAUGAUCAUGACCAACCUUGAAAAAGCCAAUCAGCGAGCAGAGGCGGCACAACGGGAGGUGGAGAGCCUGCGGGAACAGCUAGCAUCUGUCAACAGCUCCAUUCGCCUGGCCUGCUGCUCUCCGCAAGGCCCCAGCGGGGACAAAGUGAACUACUCGAUGUGCUCAGGGGCCCGGCUGGAGGCAGCACUGGCAGCCAAGGACCGGGAGAUCCUGCGGCUCCUCAAGGAUGUGCAGCAUCUGCAGAGCUCCCUGCAGGAGCUGGAGGAGUCCUCGGCCAACCAGAUCGCCGACCUGGAGCGGCAGCUGGCCGCCAAGAACGAGGCCAUCGAGAGGCUGGAAGAAAAGCUGCAGGCCCAAUCCGACUACGAGGAGAUUAAAACAGAGCUGAGCAUCCUGAAGGCGAUGAAGCUGGCCUCAGCCAACUGCAGCCUUUCCCAGGGCAUAUCCAAGUCAGACGAGGCCUUGCUGAUAGGGAAAGACUCCUUCUACCCACCCCAGAAGUACCUCCUGGAGAAGCCCAGUCUCCUGGCCAGCGCUGAGGAGGAUCCCUCCGAGGACGAGUCGGUGAAGGACACGGAGCAGUCGUACCCCUCACCCCAGCAGCUCGCACCGCCCCCAUCGGAGGACCCUGCCUCCCCCACCCCUGUCCAGCCUCUGCUGGGCCCCAGCACGGCCCCAGAAGGCCAAAGGACUUUCUCCAUGUCCCCCUUCCCUGGACUGGGUGCUAGUGACAGGCCGCCGACUGACCCCUUCCUCCCCAAGCAGCUGAUGCCACCCAUGUACAAGAGCGAGAGUGGCAGCCUGCUGCCCUUCCCCUCCCCCUACUUCCCCCCCAAGGGCGGUGUGCUGCCCGCCAGCACUGCCCCACCGGCACCCACCGCACCUGCCAGCGACGCCAGCCCACCCAGUGACCAGUCAGAGGGAAGUAGCACGGGCUCAGCUGAUGAGGAACAGCUGGACACAGCCGAGAUCGCCUUCCAGGUGAAGGAGCAGCUCCUGAAGCACAACAUCGGGCAGCGCGUCUUUGGGCACUACGUGCUGGGGCUCUCGCAGGGCUCCGUCAGCGAGAUCCUGGCCCGGCCCAAGCCCUGGCGCAAGCUCACCGUCAAGGGCAAGGAGCCCUUCAUCAAGAUGAAGCAGUUCCUGUCGGACGAGCAGAACGUGCUGGCACUGAGGACGAUUCAGGUGCGCCAGAGAGGUAGCAUCACUCCGCGGAUUCGAACUCCAGAGACCGGCUCCGACGACGCCAUCAAAAGCAUCCUGGAGCAGGCCAAGAAGGAGAUCGAGUCCCAGAAGGGAGGUGAAACCAAAAGCUCCACGGCCCCCCAGGUAGUCACCAAUGGCACCAGCACCAGCAACUCAGAGGAUGCCAUUAAAAGCAUCCUGGAGCAGGCGCGGCGGGAGAUGCAGGCCCAGCAGCAGGCCCUGCUGGAGAUCGAGUCGGGCAGCAACGGCCGGCCCAUCCCCACCCCACCUGCGGAGCGCUCCACCUUGGCCACCGUCAGCCAGAACAUCGUCCAGGCCUACAUCAAGCAGGAGGAGGGGGUGGUGGGCACCAGCCCCAGCUCCACCCAGGCUUCACUCACAGUCCUGUCCCCCGCUGCCUUCGUGCAGAGCAUCAUCCGCAAGGUGAAGUCCGAGAUUGGCGAUGCCGGCUCCUACUUCGACCAGCACUGGGCUUCGGAGAGGAGUGUGCUGAAUCGGCCCUACACUGCGGUGUCCCCUUCGCUCUCCUCCUCUUCAAGCUACUCGAGCCUGGCCAACGGCCGGGCCUGGCCGCGGGGGGAGCCAAGCGAGAGUGCCCCCACCGAGGAGGAGCUGGCCCUGGGGGAGGAUGAACCCCACAAGACCACAGAGAUGAAGACAGAAGGGGGCAGCUCGGAGCCGCAGAGCGCCGGCCGCCUCUCCUACUACCCUGCCUACGUGCCCCGGACUCUCAAGCCCACGGUACCCCCGCUGACACCAGAGCAGUACGAGAUGUACAUGUACCGGGAGGUGGACACCUUGGAGCUGACCCGGCAGGUGAAGGAGAAGCUGGCCAAGAAUGGCAUCUGUCAGCGGAUCUUCGGGGAGAAGGUGCUGGGCUUGUCCCAGGGGAGUGUGAGUGACAUGCUGUCCAGGCCCAAGCCGUGGAGCAAGCUGACCCAGAAGGGCCGGGAGCCAUUCAUCCGGAUGCAGCUGUGGCUCACGGAUCAGCUGGGCCAGGGGAUCAGCCAGCAGCCCAACCCAGCCCAGGCCAGUCCUGGGGACACCCAGUCGUCCCCCUCGCCACCCCCCAGCCCUUUGGAGCACGAGAAGACCCCCCAGGAGCCGCUCACCCUCACCCUGGAGAGCAGCAAGGAGAACCAGCAGCCGGAGAGCCGGGCAGGCUCCGCGCUGGGCGGGAAGACGUACCCCAGCAGCCAGGGCCCCAUGGGCAUACAAGAGAUCGUCGCCAUGUCUCCCGAGCUGGACACCUACGCCAUCACCAAGAAGGUCAAGGAGGUGCUGACAGACAACAACCUAGGCCAACGGCUGUUCGGGGAGAGCAUCCUGGGCCUGACGCAGGGCUCGGUGUCCGAUCUCCUCUCCAGACCCAAGCCCUGGCACAAGCUGAGCUUGAAGGGGAGGGAGCCUUUUGUCCGCAUGCAGCUCUGGCUCAACGACCCGCACAACGUUGAGAAGCUGCGCGACAUGAAGAAGCUGGAGAAGAAAGCGUAUCUGAAGCGUCGCUACGGGCUGAUCAGCGCCAGCUCGGACAGCGAGUCGCCGAACGCCCGCUCGGAGUGCGCUAGCCCCAGCCUCCAGCCCCAGGACCUCAGCCUCCUCCAGAUCAAAAAGCCCCGUGUGGUGCUGGCACCGGAGGAGAAGGAGGCCUUGAAGAAGGCCUAUCAGCUGGAGCCCUACCCCUCCCAGCAGACCAUCGAGCUGCUCUCCUUCCAGCUCAACCUCAAGACCAACACGGUCAUCAACUGGUUCCAUAACUACAGGUCUCGGAUGCGCCGGGAAAUGCUGGUGGAAGGGUCCCAGGACGACACGGACCUGGAGCAGAGUGGCUGCGGGGGCAUUGCACCGCCCGGUAGCUCGCUCCGAGGCGCCAACCCGCAGAGCCCCGAUUCAGAGGCGGAGGACAGGAAGCCGGUCUUCAGAGACACGGAGCCCCGGAGGUCGAGCGAGGCCCUGGUCCAGGUCAAGCAGGAGCAGCCGGAGCCCGGGGAAAAAGGCGAGUCCUCAAGGAAGAGCAGGAUGAUACCACGUGUGCGGGGGCCUCCCAGAGGGCCCCCCCCAGCACCACCAGCCUCCCACGGAGCAGCAACACGUCCAGCAAGGCGCACGCGGCCGGCUGCCGACUGCUCCACCCAGCAUGCGCCCCAGGAGCCGGAGGGUGGGGAGAGGCUGCAUCCUGACCCCAUUAGCUUUAUAUCUGCCUCGGAGUCCUCCCGCUGCAGCCUGGAGGUCUCCCUGAACUCUCCCUCGGCAGCUUCCUCUCCGGGCCUCAUGAUGUCCGUCUCGCCGGUCCCGUCCUCCUCCGCUCCCAUCUCCCCAUCACUGCCAAACGCCGCCUCUGCCAAAGUGCAGAGUUCGAGUCCCGCCACAGACACGGGCUCUUUACAGCAGAGCACGAAGCUGAACACAAACAUCCAGCGGAGGCACGAGAAGAUGGCCAACCUCAACAACAUCAUCCACAGGCUCGAGCGGGCCGCGAACCGAGAGGAGUCGCUGGAGUGGGAGUUCUGAACCGCGGGUCUGCGCCCCGCACCCCGGGACCUGCCCGCCGCUUCGGGCUGCUGGGGAGCGGGGAGCCCUCCCGGAGUACACGUACACACACGUACGCACAUAUAUAUAUUUUGUUAAUUUUAUCACGUACUGACAAGGAAAGAAAAAUGCGAUUGGGUUCAUGAGAAAGUGAAGGGAAAGCUCAGCCUGUAUCUUCUGCCUCUUGGCCCUCCGUGGAAGGGGACAACGAAACCCAAGCAAAACAGAUGCCCCGUCUUUGUUUUAAAUGUGAAAAACUGGGAACACUUUUAGAAAAAAAAAAAUAUUUAUAGACCUCUUUUAGAUAUUUUAAUAAAAGGAUACUUUGGAAUUUAUUAACAGCUUAAGCUGCUUUGAUAUUAAAGAUAGCUAUAAAAUCAAGAUGAUGUAGCAGUUGUGUCAUUAAAUGUACACUGAAGUCUUGUAGUUUGCCACUGGAUGAGAUUAAAAACAAAAAAAAAAAGACUUACUGAUCAAAGCCAUCAAGAAGCACUAUGAGACUGACCAAAUUUAAUAAACUUUUGAAUAGCGGUUUUUCCACAUUUGUCUGUAAGACACUGCAUUACUUGCCCUUUGCAGAGACUAUGUUAUAGUCUGUGAAGACUCUAAAUUGCAAACCUGGAUGCCAUCAAGUAUGUACUUAGUCCUGGUGGUAUGUUUUGAAACCUUUGUAACACAGAAUGUCACGUGCAGUUGUAUAUGUUGUAGAAAUGUCUGCAGUAGCCUUCCUGAACAAGAUGUAGCAUGGCACAUAACUCCUUACACUUCCUCUAGAUAGUAACCUGUGAUAACCCAAAACGAACGGAUCGGUGACAGCUGUUGGCGGCAAAGCUCUCUGUCCAUUGGCAAGAGCCAGUGAAAGCACCCGUGGCUCUGAUCUCGAGAGAGAAGGAAAAGGCGCCUGGGUGUGCACAUCUUCGACGUGUCCCAUUUGACAGUAACAAACUUCGGCGGUGGCCACGACCGCACCACAUCUUAUGCAUCCGCUCCAGUGCUGCGGGGAGCACCAGCCGGCAGGAUCCCCUCGCUCUGCAGCCUUUGUCUUGUUGAAGUGAGCGGCCUCGGAGUUCAAAGCCUUCGAGGGUCGGCGCUUAAAGGACGAGCCCUAAAAAGAUACAAACCGCCGGGACCCGAACGGGCUUUGGGGUGGUUUGUUUUCACGCGAGUCGAAUCCAGCUGGCACGGCUGAAAAAGCACCUUUUUGGUUCCUAGAGUUAGGACUACGGAGAGAGCGCCCGGGAGCGAGGAUCAGCCUCCGGGGCGGCAGCCGUCGACCGUGAACAGCCGUUGAAAUGUCACCUUUCCCAUCAGUCCUCGACUGCUCUCUGCCGAAGCGACAGGAGACAAGCCCUGACCCCCUGCUCCCCGCUCAGCGCAGCGCCGGGCAGGACGCCGCGGCCCAGAAAGGGCUUGCUUCCACCUCGCUCGCACGCGGACAGUGCCGGCCGUUUCGAAAAUUGCCCGCUGGUCCCUGCACUGCCCCAGCGCCUCCCUGGGCUUGGUGACGGAGCCGGGCCCCAGUUCAGCAAAGCACUUUUAAGCAGGUGCCUUGACUUUGAGGGGGGAAGGGGGAGGUUCAUCACAUGUGCAGAGUGAACUGUAAGCUGCUUGCUGCCUUGGCGCCCCAGGCCCUGACCCAAAGCCCCCGGGAGACAGUCUUCUGGCUGAUUUCAGUGGGCGCCGGGUCAGACCCUCCUCGCCGGGAUCUCGCCUGUGGCACCACCUGGAAGGAGAGGAACCCAGAUCUCCGUGCUACGAGUCGCCCCUGGACCGCGCGGUUCUCCCUGCCCUGGCUGCGAAAGCCCGAUGGGCGGACUGAGAUCUCUCUGUACCCACCCCCGCGAUCUAGCCCCAGCUUAUGCAAAUGCCUUUGAGAGACGCAUCCGUGGGUCGUGUUGGUUUGCUCUGUAUUGUUUUGUUUUGUUUUGUUUUGUUUGGGGGUUUUUUAAAUGCAUUUUGCAAGCACCGAAGUACAGCAUGCAAGGGACUGCCCCACCCCACCCGGACUGCCACCCCGCCGACACUCGACAGGACAGGAGCGCGCGUCCUGCAGGCACUGAGGCUAUGCAUCGAACAGUUCCCCACUGGACACGUUUUUAUCAGAAGAGAAGGUAUUUUUGUACUCGGGUGGUAGUUAACGACCAAUUUUAAAAACAACUCCGUUCGGCUCCAUGCAAGGCCCAGCUCCCACCUGCCACGUCGUAGCGACGGUAGCCCUGUCCAAACAAGCGAGAGCUUGUCCGACACAACGAUUUUUACUGGUUCAACCCCAACACGCCAUCGAAGGUCUAGGCAUUCGCAUUGACUACUGUUCUUCUUAGUGUGCUAGUGUUAGCUUUAGUGGAACGGGAUUUGAUGAAGCACUUAGCAUAGUCUUUCCGAACACCGAAAUCCUGUUGUACUAAAAGCUAGUGGGACAUGUUGAUCACAUUUUGUUAGGCUCAUGUACUGUACUUCAAAAGUUUCUAUGAGAUUGAUGAACUUUGUUAAAAAUUUUAAAAAGGAACAAGUUCUGUAAAGAGCCACUAAAUACAGAAGUUGUAUAAUAA